AUGGCUCUGAGCCUGAGUGAAGGCCGACGUCGUAUGGCCUCAGGAAGAAGAUACGUCUCCACUGAACACGGCGACCGUCGCGUUCUCUCCGUUACAGCACCCGUCAACCCAAGCAAUACCGUUCGGAGACGAAGCAUCGCCCCGUUUAUGGCAACAAACCGUCGACUGUCGCAGAGCCGUUCUCCAGGACGCAGGUCUUCGGCUAAGCACCAGGACACUAGUGGAGGCUUGCCAAACCAGCCUCUCGACAUGUCUGUGGAUGAGCAUGAGGACGAUCUUGAGCUUGAUCCUGGUUUUGCUGAUGACGUCUCCCCCGCCACUGCAGCUCGUGUCGAAAAGGCAAAGGUCUAUUUUGAGCUCGCCCACGAACAUCGACGGCUUCUUUCGCACCUGCCUCCACUUCGGAGACCAGGCACACCAGCACCUCCAGGCGGACCCGAAACGCAACAAAAGGCCUACAAUCCCCUACAAUACGUCCGCAAUCGGAAGUUGCGUAUCUGGGAGAAGACUCCGAUCAACAGCGAAGCCGAGGGAUGGCACGAUGUAGAGAAAGUCAGGGCUUGGGUCGAUGCCGUGAUCUCCAGUCACACCGAAACCCAGCACGACUCCCUAGAAUGUGUUCGCUUACCUCCGCUUGAUCUACGUACAGUGGAAACUGCUAAUGAAGCCGCCGACGGCCCGGAAGAGGAGCCCAAGAGUACAGUGUCGCAUCGAACACCCGAUCAGCUCCACCCCAAGCCCAGUCGCCCUCGGUCUGACUGGGUCACUCAUCCUGCUGAUCUGAUCGCUGACGCGUAUUGGCUGGAGCAAGGCUUGAACAAGACGAAAAUACAAGACAGAGACAACAAUCUAAUCUAUCCGCCUGACACGCAGUUCAAAUUCUCCGGAUGGCGUAAUCGUACCCCCGCCGUCGAAGUACCAAGUCGUCUGCAACAGCCAUCUCCGCCCCCUGAGACUCACAAUGAUUCGUUCCGAGACCCGCCCCCGUCUGCCCUGCCCGAGUUACCAACAUUCAAGUCGGCUCACCAUCUCCACAGGAGUGGCCGCCAUGGCCGGCGAAGGGAUAUCAUCCGGGAUUCAUUGCAACCCAAGGAAGGCAGCAGUUCCCGAGAGCGGUCUCGAAUCAGGAAGAAAUUAUUUCAGGAUAGCAGCGAUUCUGAAUACUCAAGUCUGUCAUCAAAUGACGAACGUGGUCGUAAAAGACUGCGGCGGAAGAGACAGGAGGCUCCGACGACCGAUACUUGGGAAGAACGACGUAGCCAUUUGCAAUCAAAGCGGCCUUCUCAACCGAUUGGAAAUGGGCACGGAGACUCGAGUCAAGGCUCCUCGGCGCCCACUUCGAAAAGAGGCUCGAUCGAUCAUUCGGCACUCAACAAGCUGUUCCGGGUAGACAGUUUCAAGAAAGCCUCGCCACUGACUCGGUCUCGAAACAGGCAAGACGGAUCGCGACCUCGGUCUGCCGCACAGGGGCCGAACAGAUCAAGUCUCGAGCACGAGCCCCAACCACGCGCUUCCACUGAUUAUGAUACCACGACGGCUCCGAAUUCUCCGACCAACCUGGAAUGGCCAAGUAUCGCCAUCAACCUCUCGCCGCCUCCCAGCCGACCCGGUUCGCCUGGAAGGAAACCAAUCUCCACCAUCUUACAGCCGUUCCAUCGCAAGUCGCAUAAAGAACAAGGGUCGAUCAGCACAAAUGACUUCGCGCACGUCCCACAGGCGCAAUCGAGCCAUGAUCCAGUGAAGCCCACCAAAGCUGCUGAUUCUCGUGGCCAAAGUCCGAUGACGCGGGGUGUCAGUCCCUUGUCCAAGAAUGGCUCACAUUCAGUAGAAGCAGAUGACAUUGUCCCGCAAACGUCAAAUGAGCAAAGGCACAGCGUGGCCAGCAAGGUCAGCACUCGUUCUACUGCGAACGCCGGAGGUGAUCAUUCAAGACUUCGUGGUAUUUUCAAAGGAGGCCGCAUUGCAGAAAUUGUUGGCAAUGAAGUGUCACGAGUAGGGGACUUUAUCUGGAAACGUGAGCCUCCUACUUUAUACAGGCACAGAGGUUCAGCCUCGGAAGGCAGUAUCCGCUCGUUUGCGUCCGAUUCGGACAAGGAACAUCAUCACCAACAGAACGGAACGGUUUUGAAGACUCCGCCACCACUUGCGCGCUCGAGGUCCUCUACCCUUGAAAGCACUCCCAGCGAUCAGGUCUCCCCGAUUACCACGAAAGCGGGUUCUUCCAAUAAUGAUCGGCCUCGUUACAACAACCCUAACCUGCCAACUUUCACCUCGCCUUUUCAGAGGGAUCGCGAUCAACAAGAAAAGAAGCAAGGCCUAUUGGCCCCAGAAGAUGCCCUCAUUCGAAAAGACCCUGCUGACAACACGCCCCAUCUCACAGUCAGGCCACGGUCGAAUUCUCGUUCGCCACGACUUGCCCAGCUGCCGAAACUCGAUACCGGCACGCCCAAUACGCCCAAUGAGUUGAAUAGGCAGAAUACGUACGGAUUCGGUGCCGCGCUCGAUCUAAGUCGAUCCAGGGAUGCUUCAGAUCAACUUAACUCCGUCUUAGGUCCUGUCACAGGUCUCACUCGUCUUCGGCCUGUGAAAUCUGCGGGUGAUGUCUCGAGCGGCGGUGGUUCUCAGGCCGGAUUAGAGAACCGCGAGGCUGGAGAUGUCACUUGGCGAGACAUUGAACGUGCCUAUGCCUUGUUGUACACUUCUACAGUCAAAGCCCGAGAGAUUGGUCGCCGGGCAGAUGAUUCCGGGGAGGAGCUUCCAAAGUACCUGUACGAAAGCCUCACAGCGGAGAACAAGGCCUUACAUUCAACUAACCCGCUUCGUGUGAGGAAACGAGAACGGCAUAUUGUCGCAGCCCAGAAUAUCAUGAAGACUCUGGACGGCCAUUCCUCGACUUUCAACACUAAACUCCACUCCUUCACCAGUUCUUUGAUCCCGGCAUUGCACAUCCAGCUACAGAGCCUCGAAGACCAAGUCGAAAAUACCAUGACACCACAGGUCCGUGUGACGGCCGAUUCCGCAGGCGAGCUCUCCAUGAAACUCUCCACAACCUCGACUCUUGCUGUGAAGGAACUCAACGAUACGAUCGACGUUGCGUUUCGCCGCAAGCGGAGAGGCCCGAUUCGACUUUUCAGGAAAAUGUGGUUUGCCGGGAUUGAGUGGACGGUGGUGGGGUUGCUGUGGCUAAUCUGGGCGGUUGUGAGUGUCAUUCAGGCAAUACUGGGGGUGGGUAGGUGCCUGAUAGGGGGGGCCAGAUGGAUGUUCUGGCUCGAAUGA